AUUGGCGGUGCCAGGGAGGUCUCAUAGAUGGCUGUUCUGCUUUGCAGAAGCUUGCGGGUCACGGGUCUGCUUCCUCUGCUUAGCCGGGGGCUGGGCUGGUCCCAUUUGCCUCAGGUGCCCCAGCACCAGCUCCUUGUUUGGCCCAGAGGAUGUGUCCAAAACUAAUGGGUGGACGGAAGGAUGGGUGGACAGGUCAGCUGUCAGCCGAAUGCUGUUUUCAGAGCCAGAUCUAGGUGGUGUUUCAUUCAUCCAUCCACCCACCCACCCAACUUUUUUCACCUUUUAGAGCAAGAAAAACAGGAUGACAGCUUGUUUGCCUCACUGCAAGGACCAAGGCUGGGUGUCUCAGGGCUCAGAGCACAGUCUUGGCUUCUGUCUGAUGUUUGGCCCUGUGCAGUCUGCGUGUCCUGUCUGAUCACUGGCUUGUCUUCUCUGCCCAGUCCUGGGGUGGACACUCAGCUCCAGCCCGCCUGGCUCCUGCCUCCUCCCUGCCCUGGGCACUUGCCUCAGUCUUCUUUCUUGGUCCCCUCUGCUUCAUCAUUCCCUGGGCCCAGCACACUCCCUGAGGCCUGUACCACCACCACCAUCCCAGCAUCUUAGCAUGACUUUCGAGGCCCUGCUGACGGGCUUCUCUUUUACCUCCUGGGGCUCUGAUGAGGAUGCCCUUGGGUACCGAAGAGCUCUGGAAAUAGUCAACAUUGUUGGAUAAUGGUGGGGGAUUGUCUUUAAAAUUCUGAGUAUUAUUUCUUCAUUUAUUCUUUCCAUCAUGCAACCCCCGUUAUUGAUAACCUUGGACCUGGGUGUGAGGGAUACCGGGAUGAAUGAGACAAUCAUUUCCAAUUUCCAGACCCGUGGGCAGCGCCUCAGCUCCCCUUCCUCCAGUCCUGGAGCCCCCUCACCCCUGACUUUACAGCUUAGUCUUCUCCAAGUUUUCCCCUGGGUGAAUGGGUGCCCGCCUAUGGGGUCGUGGUUGUGCUAUCCUAAGUCAGGGCAUGUUCACAAGUCCACAGUCAGGAGGCCCUGUCCUUCCCCUGAACAGCUAAAGAACUCAAGAGCUGGACUUUGGAAGUAGGCAGAUUAGAGUGGGAAUCCUAACUCUCUGCUUACUUGCUGUGUGACCCUGAGCAAGUCACUCCACCUCUCUGAACUUCACUUUCUUUGAUUGUAAAAUGGGGAUGACAAGAAUACCUGCCUUCCAGUGUCAGUGUGCCUUCACAAGGCAGACGCACCCUCCGAGGGACUGAGCUAGCUCUGAAGGCCCGGCGCUGACACUGCUCCCUGCGAAACGGCCUUCCGACCCGGCAGGCCUGCCGGGGACACACUUUGACUAAAGGGCCCCAGACCGCCCUAGCUUCAGGCCUCCCCGCCCCCUCCUUAAGCACGAUGAUCUCAGGCGAGUCAGCGUAGGUGAAGUGCGGCACACGGCCAUGCUGCUUUCUUGAGAACAAGGAUGGCCGAGCCUCGAUUUAACAACCCCUACUUCUGGCCCCCUCCUCCCACCAUGCCCAGCCAGCUGGACAACCUGGUCCUGAUUAACAAGAUCAAGGAGCAGCUGAUGGCGGAGAAGAUCCGGCCGCCUCACCUGCCGCCCACCUCGGCGUCGUCGCAGCAGCCGCUGCUGGUGCCGCCGGCGCCCGCCGAGAGCAGCCAGGCCGUCAUGUCCCUGCCCAAGCUGCAGCAGGUGCCCGGGCUGCACCCGCAGGCCGUGCCGCAGCCCGACGUGGCGCUGCACGCGCGGCCGGCCACCAGCACUGUCACAGGUCUGGGGCUCUCCUCGCGGACCCCGGCUGUGAGCACGUCGGAGUCAAGCGUGGGUACGGGGAGCAGCACCCCAUCCACACCCACCACCACCAGCCAGAGUCGCCUCAUCGCCUCGUCCCCCACCCUCAUCUCAGGGAUCACCAGCCCCCCCCUCCUGGACUCCAUCAAGACAAUCCAGGGCCACGGCCUGCUUGGCCCCACAAAGUCUGAGCGCGGCCGAAAAAAGAUCAAGGCGGAGAACCCAGGCGGGCCGCCCGUCCUUGUUGUCCCCUACCCCAUCCUGGCCUCGGGCGAGACCGCCAAGGAGGGCAAGACGUACAGGUGUAAGGUAUGCCCACUGACCUUCUUUACCAAGUCUGAGAUGCAGAUCCACUCCAAGUCGCACACAGAGGCCAAGCCCCACAAGUGCCCGCACUGCUCCAAGUCCUUUGCCAACGCCUCCUACCUGGCCCAGCACCUGCGCAUCCACCUGGGCGUCAAGCCCUACCACUGCUCCUACUGUGAUAAGUCCUUCCGACAGCUCUCCCACCUCCAGCAGCACACCAGAAUCCAUACAGGCGACAGACCCUACAAGUGCCCACAUCCUGGCUGCGAAAAGGCUUUCACUCAGCUCUCCAACCUCCAGUCUCACCAGCGCCAGCACAACAAGGACAAGCCCUACAAGUGUCCCAACUGCUACCGGGCCUACUCGGACUCCGCCUCGCUGCAGAUCCACCUCUCGGCCCACGCCAUCAAGCACGCCAAGGCAUACUGCUGCAGCAUGUGCGGGCGGGCCUACACCUCGGAGACCUACCUGAUGAAGCACAUGUCCAAACACACGGUGGUGGAGCACCUGGUGAGCCACCACUCACCGCAGAGGACGGAGUCCCCCGGCAUCCCGGUGCGAAUCUCCCUCAUCUGAGCCGGCCCCACGUGCCGCCCUGCCCGGCAGACACGAACCCAGGCAGCACCAGGGCCCGGCUCCCUCCAGCGGCCCUCUAGGGACAGCUGAGCCCUCUCAUGACCUUCCUGACCUUCCAGAAGGCCUGGGCCACUGAAGCCCUGCCUGGUCUGGCUCCUGGGGCAGCCAGGCCAACUGCAAGAUUCUGGACUGUUUUGGUGGCAUCCAAAGACGAUUCUCAGAGCACUUUGAACCUCUUUGUUGAGUUCUCUUUUUGUUCCCCACCCUUCACUUUCUUCACUGUUUUUUUUUUUUUAAUUUGUUUUGGAAGAAUCAAAAAAAAAAAAAAAAAAGAAAGAUAUUUAUUGG